AAAGUAUAAACUAUACGAAGCCUACUAAAUAUAGAAGGCUGCCAAGAUUAUACUAUCAUGCAUUUCGUUAAUGGUUUGAGCUAUAUAGUUAUUUUCCGCAGCAGCCAACAAGAGACUGUAAAUAAUAACUACAAAUAUGGGUUGGUAACAUGUCCUCUUUGAUGAUAUAAGAUUUUUUUUUAAAGUAUAUUUGAGAAAUUGAGUUUUCUAAUAUCGUGCACCCCACAUUCCACCAAGUACACUCACUUAUAAAUAGUAAAACAUUCCGAGAAUAAGUAAUUUAUUUUCAUAAAGAAUCUGACCGUGUUCACUUGUUUACGACUAUGGAAAACGGAUAAUUAUAGUUACAAAGAUAAAUCAGUUUUAAGAAAAGAAAUCAAAACCAUUAACAGAAGUCAAAGAAUGGUGUUCUGUAUUUGCUAAGUUUGAAAAUCAGACACCGUUUUUGGUUCAUUAAGUUUGUUGUUUUUCUUCAAAAUCUCCUAAAACUCCUCUUUAUUACAGGAUUAAGAAACAUAUAGAUUAAAAAGAAAUUCAAGACACAGAAAUCUUCUAAUUUUUAUUAUUAUUUUGAUUAGAAUUGUAAAAGCAAUGGAGCAAGAACAAGAGAGUUACAAAUCAAGAUUGUUUCAUUUCAAGAACAUGAGCGAACAUUCAGCUUCAAGACAUGUUAAAAGCUGGAGUUCAGAUUGCGCCUUGAAAAUGGAUGGUUCUGACAGUUUUGAUGAUGAUGAUAAUGACCUGAUGUUCAGAAGUCAACCCGGAAAUUUUGGCAGCGUUGAACGGCCGCCUUUGCCUUCAAGCGGUGACGCAACGCCCAACCGCAGUGACAAGAUUGGUACUCCGAGGAUGGUUUCAUCUGAAUCCAUGGAAGCACAAUUACAAGCAGCCAUGGAGCAAAUGAAAGAAAGGUUUUCGAAACUGCUUCUUGGAGAGGAUAUGUCUGGAGGAGGAAAAGGCGUCUCUUCGGCUUUGGCUUUAUCUAAUGCUAUUACCAAUCUAGCAGCAUCUGCCUUUGGAGAACAGAGGCGUUUGGAGCCAAUGCCGGCUGAUAGAAAAGCGCGGUGGAGAAGAGAACUUGGAUGGCUUAUAUCUGUGGCUGAUCACAUAGUUGAAUUUGCUCCAACCCAACAAACAAACAAAGAUGGAUCUUCAAUGGAAGUCAUGACAACGAGACAGAGAACAGAUCUUCUCUGCAACAUUCCAGCACUUAAGAAACUUGAUGCAAUGCUCCUUGAUUGUCUUGACAAAUUCAAGGACCAAAAUGAGUUUUAUUAUGUCAAAAAAGAUUCUCCUGAUUCUUCUGAGACAAGAAACGAUGAGAAAUGGUGGUUACCAGCGGUUAAAGUCCCACCUAAUGGCCUCUCCGAGAUGUCAAGAAGGUUUCUACAGAGCCAAAAGGAAUGCGUUAAUCAAGUCCUUAAAGCUGCAAUGGCAAUAAACGCUCAAGUCCUGUCUGAAAUGGAGAUUCCUGAAAGCUACUUGGAAUCACUUCCUAAGAAUGGGAGAGCUAGCUUGGGGGAUGUGAUAUACAAAAUGAUAACAGUAGAGAUGUUUGAUGCAGAUCAGUUCCUAAUUGAAAUGGAUUUAUCAUCUGAGCACAAGAUUCUUGAUCUAAAGAACAAAAUCGAAGCAUCUAUUGUGAUAUGGAAGAGGAAGAUGGUGCAGAAAGACACAAAAUCUCCUUGGGGCUCAGGAGUGAGUACUGAGAAAAGAGAACAGUUUGAAGAAAGAGCUGAAACAAUCUUGCUUCUUUUGAAACAAGGGUUUCCUGGAAUCUCUCAGUCCUCCCUCGACAUCAGCAAGAUUCAAUGCAACAGAGAUGUAGGACUUGCAAUACUGGAGGGUUACUCGAGAGUGCUUGAGAGUUUGGCUCACACGGUGAUGUCGAAAAUAGAAGACGUGCUUUACGCUGAUCAGCUUACUCAAGAACCUACAAAUGCACCUUCUAAGAAUAGAUAUCUUGUGAAAGAGACAAUGAAGGAGGAAAGACUUAGUUUUUCAGAGGACCCGGCUACAGGGACAUUACUUUCUGAUGUAAUGCAAUGGGGUAACAAGAACAAUGAAGUGAAGAAAGAAAGCUAUUAUGGAGAUCGAGAGAAACCGUUGUUGUCCAAAGUCACAGGUCUUAUGUCAACCAACAAGAAGAGUUCUUAUCUCGAAACUAUUGGAGUUAUGAGGAGUCCAACGGCUAGAUACUCCUGAAAGAAUCGGUUUCUUUUUUUCUUGUAAAAUUAGGUUUGCUUGUUGCAUUUUCUAUAAUUCAAAUGGAAAAGCACCAUUGUGUUGUAGCAGACUUUUAUAUGCAAUUUAAUUGAUUCAUC